AAAAUAAAAACAAAGAAGAGAGAGAGAGGUCUUAUACAGCUAAGAAAGGUUAAAGAGGACGUAGAGAGCAGAGACUACAGAAACAAGCUUAUCAAGCUAGCAGAUAAAAACAAGAGGAAGGAUGGAAGAGAGCAAUAAUUAUGAGAGAUGGGACCAGAUUGCAGGGCGUGGGAGGGAUGAAACAUGACCCUGUCGGUUGUUCCGGACUGCCCCCUUAAUCUCCCAUCUCAUCACCUCGCCAGAGACCCCCAUUUUCCCCCAUUUGAUGACGAGGAGCAGCAGAAACAGCAGCGGCACAUCGAUCAAACCCCACCCACACCCCGGAUCCUCUCCUCCGCCGGAUAGCUGGUAGGAAACGAGAUCCCUCUCCAAUCCAUGGUCCACACUCAUUCUAAUGAUCUAAUAAUCCCCACUGUUCACCCAAAGCAUCCCACGCGCCCCCAGUUGCUGCCGCUUUUAGUGCUGCACUCUGCUGUUAAGUCCCUCUCACCCCCUCAAUUUUUUCCACCUCUCCUCUCUCUCUCUCUCUCUCUCUCUCAUCCUCCUCAUCUUCUUGGUGCAAUAACACCCCAAUCCUGGCCCUCCUACCAAGGUCUGUCCUUCCUCUACAUCCAUCUCUCCAUUUGCUAAGCUCCACCAUCUAUCUUAUCUUUCUCACCUGAUUAAGCUUAUUACAAGAGUUCUCAGUUUUCUUUCAUUCAUGGGUUGAGAAGAAGAAGAAGAAGGAGGAGGAAGAAGAAAAACGGAGCAGCACCUAUACAUAUAUCUUCGAAGGUAGAAUAGAAUUGAUGGACUUCAGGAAUCAAGAUGAAGAUAUAGGGAUGCCCAGCUCUUUGGGUUACACCAACCCUCCUCCCAUCCGGGGAUCCGCCUUCUCCAAGCCCUCCUCCUCCUCUCUCGUCACGCCUAGAGGACCUGGACCUGGACCUGGACCUGGUAAUAGAAACGGUAACAUCUUUGGCAGCACCCCACCACCCCCUCUUAAUCCACCCGCAGACCCCCCCAUCCCUUCUCAUCCCCUCGGAAAAAACCCCGAUCCACCUGCCAUCCCCACCGCAUCCCCUCCAUCUGGUUCCAGACCCGCGAGCGGCAGCGGCAAACCUCCCGCGAUCGCAACGGAAUCUUCUGUUCGCUACCGCGAGUGCCUCCGCAACCAUGCGGCCGCCGUCGGUGGCCACGUCGUCGACGGAUGCGGCGAGUUCAUGCCCUUGGGAGAAGCCGGCACCACGGACGCCUUGAAGUGCGCCGCCUGCGGCUGCCACCGGAGCUUCCACCGCAAGGAUGUCGACGGCGACCCCUCCUACUACCGCGGCGCCGCCGCCGCCACCCGACUUCCUCUCCUCCUCCCCCCACCCCACCCCCAGGCCCACCACCACAAGCCGUAUCCCAUGGCGCCCUUCCCCCCGAGCCCGUCCCAGGCGGUGCCGGGGUCGUCCUCGGCGGUGGUGGCGUUCGGCGGCAACACCAGCGGCAGCGGCGGCACGACGACGGAGUCGUCCAGCGAGGAGAGGAUGAACGCCGGGGCGCCACCGCCGGUGGUGGUCUCGAAGAAAAGAUUCCGCACGAAGUUCACGGUGGAGCAAAAAGAGAAGAUGCUCGCCUUCGCGGAGAGGGUGGGGUGGCGGAUCCACAAGCAAGAUGAGGCAUUAGUCGAACAAUUCUGCGCCGAGGCCGGAGUUCGAAGGCAAGUUUUGAAGGUUUGGAUGCAUAACAACAAGCAUACUAUCAGAAGGCAGCAGCAGCAACAGCAGCAGCAGCAGCAGCAACAGCAAGAAGAGCAGCAACCGCUGCCUCCGCAACACCAGCAGCAGUCUUGACGUCAGUUUGGCUACUUGGAUAAUGAAAGAAAGGAUGGUUGACAAGGAGAUGAAGAAGAUAAAGAAGAGAGGAGAGUGAGAGAGAGUUUUCCACUUCUUGGUGUUUACUGGUUUGUCUGCUUUCCUUUGAUCCCUUCUUCUUCUUUAGUAUUAUUUUCCACUUCAAACAGUGAUUUUUUUUCUGAACAUGUGUUAUGAUAUGAAUCUUUGCUUUCUUCUGGUUAGGAGUUAGAUUUCCAGUGAAAUGAAAUCCAUUUCAUUUCCCGAGCUUUGUGAGCAUAGGUGUAGUUCCUUCUAUUUUUUUCCCAGAGUGGUGGGCUUUGUGGUCAAAGAUCUUAAACGGUGGUACGAGUACUCUCUUUGCAUCCCCGUCUUGGAAGAAAUAUCUUCCUUCAUUAAGUUUCCUUUCCAUGUUUUCAAUGUUUCCGGUUGCACGGCUUAUGAAAUGACAACAUAUUAGUAGUCGGACCGUAA